AAACUAAUGAAUUUUGAAAGAAAUGAAGGGUAGAUAACUCUAAUGUUUCACCGGAAACACAUUGGCCAGUUUUGCUUUUUCAUUGGAGAUAGAUCAGCAUCAUAGAAAAACAUGGAGUUUUUGAUAGGUAUUCAAGGAAAAGACUUUGUCUUAAUGGCAUCAGACACUUCUUCAGCAAGGAGUAUACUUUCAAUGAAGCAAGACACCGACAAAAUGCACAGAAUGACAGAUAAUCUUGUGAUGCUGGUUAGUGGAGAAUCAGGAGACACUGUACAGUUUGCAGAAUUCAUUUCUAAGAAUAUUCAACUCUACAAGAUGAGAAAUGGAUACGAUUUAUCACCAACAGCUGCAGCCAACUUCACACGAAAAAAUUUGGCAGAUUAUCUUAGAAGUCGGACUCCAUACAUGGUAAACCUCCUCAUGGCAGGAUUCGACAAAAAUGAGGGACCUUCUCUCUACUUUAUGGACUACUUGGCCUCAAUGAACAAAUGUCCCUUUGCUGCUCAUGGUUAUGGAGCCUUUUUCUCCCUCGCUAUAUUGGACAGAUAUUACACAGAAGACAUAACAAGAGCAAGAGCACUAGAGCUACUAAACAUGUGUAUAGAGGAGAUUAAAAGACGAUUCAUCAUUAAUCUCCCGGCAUUCAGAGUCCGAGUUGUUGACAAGGAUGGAAUACACGAGUUACCAACAAUUAAGCCACAGUUGUCUAUUGCAAGUGUUCCAAGUGAAUCCUUAUAGUAAAAUAGUCGUACAAAACACUGAGUGAAUCAUACUGAAUGUCCAUCAUUCUGUCAUUUGUUUGUUAUAUGACUCAAGUAACAUUAAAAUCUGUUUAUGGAUA